AUGGCAAACGAGGAACUUGCUGAUGUAUUGUUAUCUUAUAAACAGGCAUUGUUUCCAGGAAAUAUUAAGAAAAACUUUCAGCAUCGUUACUUAAUCCAGAGCCGUAGUGAUUCGUCGUCCUCAGAUGAUUCAACUUUUGACCUGGAGGAUACUUCCAUUUCUCUAAAGAAAUCAUCAUCUCAGGAAGGUAGGAUUGUGGAUAUGUCCGCCAUUUCACCAAGUAAGUCGAUAUCUUUCCAAAAUGAAUCGACCAAUGAAAUAGACGAUAACGAUGUGUUUAUGGAGUCUGAAGUUAAAGUUCUGACACAUGAACGGUCAGCACAUGGUUCUCCAGAGUGUUCAAAGAUGUCAUUCACACAGAAAGGACACCCAUUUACUACCAAAUGUUUUGGCUCUGAAAAUGCACCUACUAAAGAACAAGUUAACCAGUUUGCGUGUUUACCAACACAGAAUUGCAUGUCGAAUAUUGCAUUCAGCACUGAAGAACAUGAAAGACAUAGAUUUCACAAUGCAACACCUGCUUUUCCGAUUCUGCAUAAUCAUUUACCUGGUUUUCUUUCACCACAGUUUAUUCCAUUUGCAAACUCAAUACCGUUCCACUCAAUUCAAGAAGGAUGCCGUAUGUUUUUCGACUUUGAUAAGUCUUCCUUAUUGGCUGGUUUCCUUUCAGACCAAGCUAUGACUACGCCGAGUCCCGGCAAUUCGCCUGGAAUUCAUUUCGAAUUUCCACCAAAAGCAAGAAUGUUUAACUCAAUGUCAGGACUGAAUCGAGUUGCCAUGUCUCCACUCGGAUGUCUUCCUAAUCAGAAGAUCAAUAUAUCUAAAAUAUCGUCUAAACUGUCAACUUUAAAACAACAUCGGGAUCAGCGGAGAGCUUUUUCUGACUCUGAUGCUUACAAAUGUCCAGAGUGUAAUCAGAUGUUUCUUUCGUUUGAUAACUUAGCAAAACACAUGGCAAAACACCUUCCUACAGAGACUAUCUUACAAGGUGAAAAUACCAAAGUACACAUAUGCAAAGUUUGCGAAAGAUCAUUUUCUCGUAGCGACAUGUUGACACGCCACAUGAGAUUGCACACAGGCAUUAAACCAUACGAAUGCAGUGAGUGUGGACAAGUGUUUAGUCGUAGUGAUCAUUUAAACACACAUAAGCGCACUCAUACCGGUGAAAAGCCUUAUAGGUGUCCUCAAUGUCCGUAUGCUGCAUGCAGACGUGAUAUGGUUACACGUCAUAUGAGAACACACAACAAAAAGUCGGUAAAGAGAGAUAAGCUACUAUCAGUACCAUAUUUUAAAGACGAUGUACGCGUGAGUUCAGUGUCAAGAACAGAUAUGACAGGUUGCAAAAAUAUGUCUGGACGUAUAUGUUCACAAUCUAGCAUUGAAAAUGUGAUCAUUGACGGUUGA